AUAUCAAAAAGCUUGACAGCGUCAACAAGAGAAAAUUUUCCAGUUUGUAGCUUUACUCGCACAGCCGAUUAUUGUUUAGAAAAAAAAACUAUUCGCUUGUGUUUACUAAAAACAAAAUUAAUCAAUAUAAUAAAAAUUUUUCCCUUCUGCUAGUUUCAAUUAACCCGCUGUCGUGUUUAGAAGCUCUUAUUUUGCCGAGACUGAAUUUCGUGUUCGAAAUUAAUCGGCAUGAAUAAUAGUGUGUACGAUGUGUAAGUUACCUGCCGAAUAACAAUCCCGGUACGUACUGCAGGUUGUGCUUUUCGCAGACAAAAGUGGUACCGAUCUUUCCACUUGGAAGCAAUCACAAUCAAAAGCUGAUUAAUCAGGUGUACCAGUGGACCGGCGUACAAAUCAACUAUCAGGAAGAUUUUACUUGUGCAAUCUGCUGGAAAUGUAUGGUUUAUUUGGAGGAAUUUCAGCGAUUUUGUGAUCGCUGCAGGAAAAACGACUGGACGAUCAAGCAAAAACGAAACGAUCAAAUCAGGCAAGUACAGAAAAGUGAAAGCCAAGAGAACAGCAACAAUCAAAUGGACGACCGCAGAUUUGGGUAUAUGUACCCGCUGAUGCAACCUGCCUUAGGAUAUGAAUUUCGGCUGUCAAACGAACCCCGUGAACGCACUGCCGGGCCUGAACCUCCGAGAACGGUUGCUCGUGUGUUUAAUGAAACGCAACCAUCGGUCAGUCAUUUGGCUAAAACGGAGUCGCGGAUAGACAUUGAUACGGAGUUCAAGCAUGUGCUUCCGGUGGAACGGCUUCCGGAGGAGCUUGUUAAUAUGCUCGAUCUACCGGCGACUUCUUUGAAACGACCUGCUGUUAGUAACGAAACCAAAUGUGGAGAAAUAUCAGUCCCGAAACAACGCAGCAGUCAGUAUCAGAAAAUUGUGGAAUCAGGCGGAGUCAAAUGUCCCAUCUGCAAAAAGCCUUACACCACAGACAAAAAUCUCAAAAAGCAUCUGCGCCUGCACACCCUAUCGCUGCCGUUCACCUGUAAUGAUUGUGGAGCAAAAUUCUCCGAGCGUCGGGACUUUCAGAAGCAUCAAGAUCGAUACCAUGGUCCCAACGCUACAGCUUCGGUGUCAGAAAUAUUCCACUGCGAAUUCUGUUCCAGAGUUUUCACUCGCCAGCGCGAUUUGACCAAGCAUUUACGCCUCUUUCAUGAGCCACCAGAGGAUGUUAAGUUAGGAAACAUAAACUAAUAUGUUUUGAUGAUUAUGUCCAGGUUGGACGGACUUACGAAGGCAUUGCUACGGUAAGAAUUGCUUCAAUCACUCGCAAUUGCAUACUGUUCAGUAUUAGACCGACACCGGUCUCAUAUCUAAUGAGAAGUUGUAAACGGCAGAACAAAUAGCAAGAGAAAGACGAGAUUUUCUUGGUUUGGUAAUGCUGAUAUAAGCCGUUGGUCUCAUAAGCCAGUUUUAUGAUCGAGCUCCGACAUUGAAGCAUUUUUAAUAAUGUUCAAAAAAGUGUUUCAAGUUCCUCGGGCUGUUUAGCGGAAUAUGUUCUCUUAAUCCAUAUAAUGGUUUUUGUUAUACUUUUUAGAUUCCCCUGGUGGAUUCUUGAAGUGUGACAAAAAAUCCUUAUUGGGAUAAAGGUAAUUUUUGUAUAACGCUAAGUUGUCAAUAUCUCUUCGUUUUCCUACGACAGUUUAUCAGGAAAGAAUCGAAAAAUGAACAAGUGGAACAGUGAGAAUGAAAUUAUAGCGAUAGCGGUUUUUGCAAUUGUUCUGUACUCUAAUGCAGUUUUUGCUUGAUCUCGAAAUUGAGUUAGGUCCAACCGCAAUCGCUGUUAGUGCAUACAUUUAGGCAGUUUGACUCAGUUUCAAUUCAAGCAAAAACCAAAGAAGUGUUAGUUGCAAAAACUGUCCAAAUCAGAGGUCAAGUUUCACAGUGGAGUGUAGUACCAAUGCUUUUGAGACUUACAUUCUGCAAGCAAUUGGGAAAUUGAAAAAAAAAUCGCUCUGAUCCGUCGGGUCUUCACAGGAUCUGGAGCUACCGAUCUUUGUCUUACAGCUAAUAUUCAUGUAAUACCUGUUGAUAGUGUAUUCUGGCAUGGCAGCAACACCUUGUUUCAAUUGUGGAACGUUCGAUGGACAAACGCUCAACGGAUUAGACUAAGGUAGGAUGACCUCCUAUUGUGCCUAAGCGAUUAUUGUUAACACACGGGUUGUAGUAUCCCUGGUGUAGAGGUACCAAAGUGAGCCACUUGUCUUAUAAAUAAUUCGUCAUACGGAUUCUUGACCAAGAUUAUUCAAUUUAACCCACAUACAAGUUUUCCGUACAUUUCCGAUCUGAAUGAAAUAACAGAAUUUUAAAAGAAUUUUUUUUUCUAAUUUUAAUUUGUGUUGUAAAUCAGGUAUCCUUACUAGUUAACCCUUAAAUGAAUACUGUUGCCAUUUAGCAACAUAACGGAUUCUAUGAUAUAAAGCCUCAACAAAAGGUAAAUAUGGUAUCCAUACCGAAAAAUGAGUACCAAUGAAAAAUGAAUUUAACAAAAUAUAUUUUGUUAAACAAAACAACAAUAUAUUUUAUUAAAAUAACGGAUAAUUAUAACAAAUACCAACGGUAAAUGAGAACAAGUAUCAAUUACAGUCGUGAUUCGUUAGUUGGAUCUUAGCGUCUGUCCAGCUAACGAAUGUGAUUCGUUAGUUGGACUGACUGUUAAAUGUCAAAAACACUCCAAAGUAGAUACUCCAACUUAAGUAGUUCUGUUUAUAAGUCGUGAUUCGCUGGUUGGACACUUUUUAACUGGACCGCUUUUUAGUUGGGCCUCCGCUAGUUGGACCAUUGUCCAACUAAAAAGCAUCUGAAUGUCAAAAUCCUAUGUCAAAUUUACUUUGACAAUCAAUCUGACAAUUAUUAGAGAUGUGAAUAGAUGCAAUUACACUACUAACGUCUCUUUUGGAGAGUUUUCGACAUCUGGCAGUCUAAUUCGUUAGUUGGACAGAGGUGUGGCCCAACCAGCGAAUCACGUCUGUAUUGAAACGGGAAUGAUAGGUACAUUCACUGAAGCGAUACAAUAAUGCUAAUAGUUUUCAUGUCAGUCAUAUAGUAAGAAGCACAAACACCGAAGGACACAUCAUAGACGUUCGUGAAAUAGGGUAAAAAUCAAUCAUUUGAGUAUGUAAAACAUUGAACGAUAAAAUUUCAGUAAGGAACCCCAAUGCUCUCGUUAUUCCGUUCAGCCUUUGAACUCUGUGAAAUAUCUGUACAACUUACUGUGUAAUAAAGCAAAAAACUGAGUGAUAUGAAAUGUGCAUUUAUUUUUCCAUUACGUUGUAAUUCUAAUUAGAAUCGCUUGUCACUAUACAGUCGUGAUUCGCUGGUUGGGCACUUUUUAACUGGACCGCUUUUUAGUUGGGCCUCCGCUAGUUGGACCAUUGUCCAACUAAAAAGCAUCUGAAUGUCAAAAUCCUAUGUCAAAUUUACUUUGACAAUCAAUCUGACAAUUAUUAGAGAUGUGAAUAGAUGCAAUUACACUACUAACGUCUCUUUUGGAGAGUUUUUGACAUCUGGCAGUCUGUCCAACUAACGAAUCAAAUUCGUUAGUUGGACAGAGGUGUGGCCCAACCAGCGAAUCACGACUGUAAUGUAAUGCAUAAUAAAAUGGGUGCAGGUCUAAAUCACUAAUAACCAUUCAAAGUAGCUUUGACCGCAUUGGCCACCUAUGACGGCUCAUGAUGCCACCAGGAAUCUCGUCAAGUUCGUAAGCUAAUAUCACACCUAU